UCCAAAUAACCCGCUUUAUCAUUAUCCACAACCCGAAUUCGUCCGACCCGUUUAUUGUAAAAUGGCUCCGAAGCAUAAGAAAGUGAGCGUCUCCGGCGAUAAGAUCAGUAAUGAUAAGAAGGAGAUGCAUUACAGAGGUGUGAGGAAGAGACCGUGGGGACGUUACGCGGCGGAGAUUCGUGACCCGUGUAAAAAGAGCCGGGUCUGGUUAGGUACAUUUGAUACAGCUGAAGAAGCUGCUAAAGCUUACGAUAAAGCGGCGCGUGACUUCCGUGGAGCUAAAGCCAAGACUAAUUUUCCUUUACCUGAUGAAAUAAUAACGGCUACUAGCCCUAGUCAGAGUAGUACUGUUGAGUCAUCUACUCCUCCUCCUUCAGCGGUGGCGCGUGAGGUCACGGUUGGAUAUGGUGUUGGGAGGUUUCCGUUUGUUUUUCAACAGCAUCAGCAGCAGCAAAACGUUGUUGGUCCGGUUUGGUUUUUUGAUGGGAGUGGUUUGAUUAGGCCUGAGUUUGUGAAUCAGCAGUUUCCGAUUCGGUUUGAGCCGGUUGAGUUUGGAGCUGGUGGGACUCAUAGCGAUUCUGACUCGUCCUCCGUUGUGGACGGCCGACUACCGGCGAGAGAGUUCGAUCUCAAUUUUCCACCGCCGGAGGAAGCUUAGUUUAUUUUUCAGGGAGAUGACAUAUAUUAGUCCAUUUUACUAAUUGAGAGUUAGAUAAAAGAUAAAAUAAUUAUAAUGUUGUUUAAUCUUUUAUAUGUAAAUAAAAUUAGGAUGAAGUUUUUUCUAGACAUAAUUUAAGCAACUGGGAGAAAUAAUUGUAUAAUUUCUCUUUGAGUUGUUCUUAUUGUAACCUCAUAUUUCUAAUUAAAAAUUAGCAAAUUGUUCA